UAUAUAGCAAAACAACAGUGAUUUUAAGGAAACUAUUGAUGGUUUAUCUUGGAAAAAUGAGGUUUAUAAUGAAGGUUUUCAUCCUUCAAUUUGUAGGAGUUCUCUUCUUUUCUGGCCUUUUACUUACUCAGGCUUUUGUUCACCGUCAUCGAUUUGUCGUGAAAGAAGCUCCAUACACUAGACUUUGCAGCACAAAGAACAUAUUAACUGUCAAUGGAAAAUUCCCAGGGCCAGUUCUUUAUGCCAAUACCGGCGAUACGCUCGUUGUCGAUGUGUAUAACCAGGGAAGCCAAAAUAUAACCAUCCAUUGGCAUGGUGUGAAACAACCAAGAUAUCCCUGGUCAGAUGGUCCUGAAUUUAUUACUCAAUGCCCAAUCCGACCGGGAACAAAAUUCAGUCAGAAGAUUAAGCUUUCAGAUGAGGAGGGCACAUUGUGGUGGCACGCUCAUAGCGAUUGGUCACGAGCCACAGUGAAUGGUGCUCUCGUGAUCCGUCCUGCAAAUAAAACUCAAUAUCCUUUCCCUAAACCUGAUGCUGAAAUCCCCAUCAUAAUAGGGGAAUGGUGGAAGAGUGAUGUACAAGAGGUGGUUGAUGAGUUUCUCGCAAGUGGAGGAGAUGUAAAUAUUUCAGAUGCUUACCUUAUAAAUGGUCAACCAGGGGAUUUAUAUCCUUGCUCAAGAAAUGGUACAUACAAGCUAACAGUUGACUAUGGCAAGACUUAUUUGCUUCGAAUGGUGAACGCUGUAAUGAACAAUCAAAUGUUCUUCUCCAUAGCAAAUCAUCAAAUCACUGUAGUAGGAUCAGAUGCUGCCUAUUUAAAGCCAUUCAAAACAGAUUAUAUCAUAAUUUCUCCUGGACAGACCAUUGAUUUAUUACUUGAAGCAAAUCAACCCCUCAACCAUUAUUACAUGGCUUCAAGAGCUUACAGUAGCAACCCUGGAAUUCGAUACGAUGACACAAACACCACCGCCAUCCUCCAGUAUCGGGGAAAUUACACCCCGUCUUCACCACCAUCCUUCCCGAAUAAUCUCCCUAAUCACACCGAUACAAAUGCAUUUGUUAGUUUCACGGGGAAAUUCCGGUUUUUGGCUAAUAAGGAACAUCCAAUGAACGUGCCAUUGAACGUUACAAAAAAAUUGUUAUUUACAUUUUCGGUUAACACAUUGCCAUGUGCUAAUGAGUCGUGCCUUGGACCAAAUGGAGAUAAAUUUGCAGCUAGUGUGAAUAAUAUAAGUUUUGUUAUGCCUCAAAUUGACAUACUUGAAGCUUAUUAUAAGCAGAUAAAUGGGAUUUAUGGAGAUGAUUUUCCUAGUGUUCCACCUUUGAAAUUCAACUACACAGGGGAUUCAUUACCUGUGGAAUUUCAAAGAGUUGAUAGGAGAACAGAAGUGCAUGUUCUUGAAUAUGGAUCAACGGUGGAGAUUGUUUUGCAGGGGACUAAUUUAUUGGGUGGAGUUGAUCAUCCCAUUCAUUUGCAUGGAUACAGUUUUUAUGUGGUUGGUUUGGGUUUUGGAAAUUUUGAUAAGGAGAAGGACCCUUUGAAUUAUAAUGUUGUUGAUCCUCCUCUUCAGAACACUAUUGCUAUUCCAAGAAAUGGCUGGGCAGCCAUCAGAUUCACAGCCAAUAAUCCUGGUGUGUGGUUUAUGCACUGCCAUUUCGAGCGUCACAUAAGCUGGGGAAUGGAUAUGGCAUUCAUUGUUAAGGAUGGAAAAGGCUUGGAUCAGAAACUUCUGCCUCCACCUCCAGAUAUGCCCAAUUGUUGAUUCGAUUAAUCUUAGAAUAUAUAUACAAAUUAUUAAUUUUGAUUCCUUACCGAGUCCCUAUAAACAUUAAUUGUUCAGUGAUUUAAUUUAUUAGUUUGUUGUAUAACGUAGCUUUGGAUUAUCUAUGAUAUUGCUUUUACAAUGUUUACUAAA